CUCUCAGUCUAUUAAAAACUGUUGCUAUACAAAAAAUAUGGCGACACUUUUCAAUGACUAAGUCAAAGAUGCUACGUGGCAACAGUUACUAUCCUAUUUAAAAAAAAAAAAGAAUGGGUGUUGAAAAAAAUCUGUAGGCGGGUCGUCAAUUGGUAAAAUUUCAGUAGGAGGUUCAAUAUUUUGCUUUCCCACUCUCUUUUCAUCUUUUCUUAGUGUUCUAUAAAAUCCCCAAAUUCUCGUCAAAAAAAAAAUAAAAUCCCCAAAUUAAACCUAAAUUCGUUUCUCUCUCCUCACUUUCACUUCUCAAACUACAAUUAAUUGGUGAAUUUAGUUGAGAUUUCAAAGAUUGGGCAAAAGGGGGCUGAAUAUUCACAGUUUAGCGGAAUAUUUAUGCUAUUUUCAAGAUCGACAUACGAGAAUGAUGAAGAAUGGAAGUAAGAAGCCUGAAAUUGCCUCAAAGUCCAUUUUAACAUCUUAUGAGAAAGUUAGGUCCAUGACAAUAGAAAAAAAUGCCCAGAAGUUUAGAGAGUUAGGGCUCGACAAGAUUGCUCAGCAACUGUUGGAAAAAAGUAAGAAUUUUGCAAAAGGAAAGGAGAAUGUGAAUUCUAAUGUAGAUGAUCCAGACUAUGUGCCUGAUAAAGAAAAUUGUGACCUUGAGGAGUUUGAGAAGUCUAGAGAGAGAGAUGUUUUAAUUGAAGCAGCAACCUCUAUACCUAAGAAGAAGGAAAGAACUAGAGAGCAACCACCUAGGAAGAAUAAGAAGCAGCCAUUGUGACCAUCUAUGGCAAUGGACAAUUUCCUUGUUACGCAAAAUCAAAUGGAUCCAGUUGAAGUACAACAAAUAGAGCAAGAUGUACAACAAUUGGAGUAAGUUCGACAAAAUUCUAAGCGUCCACUUUCGAUCAUUGUCCCACUAGAAAGCCGAGGAGAAUCUAUUUCCGCACAAGAGCAAGUACAUACUUCCUGUUGAAGCUAAGGAUUGGGUAAUGGAGACUCUUGAUCAAUCUUGGAGAGGAUUCAAAUGUCGCCUCAAAAGAGAUCAUUAUUAUAUGUAUGACACCUAGAAGAGAGAUUGAAGCAUCCUCCUGAAAGAGUGCCCGAAGCACAUUACAAAACACUUUUAGCUUAUUGGGGGACAACAAUAGCAAAGAAAACCAGUUUGCAAAAUUCUGAAAAUCGGCGUGAACAAGACAACAUACAUACAAAUGGUCCUGUUUCCUUUGCCAUGAAACAUGAGCAGUUGCUACGGAAAGUUGUUGUGGCACCAUCAAAAAGAAGAAUGAUUGAAGAGACUCGACGACGAAAGGAGGGAAGAACUUAUGAUCGGCCUUAUGAUGAUACACAACAAAAGAUACAAGCAAUGAGGGAAUUGGAAGCUUCUCAAGAUGAUCAGAGUGGUGAAUCUAUUAAGGACCCAUUUGAUGAAGUUAUGGGAAAUGCACGUCGAGGUACAGAAUUAUUACAAGGACUUGGUGCCACUCGUAAGAAGCGAAAAGAUAAAGGACCUAGUACCUCUUUGAUUCUACCAGAAGAGGUCAUGGAGUCUAUCAAAAGUGCUGUAACUGCUGAUGUUCAAAAGGAUAUAAAUGAUGAAAUUGAAGAAUUUUCCAAGGAAAAAGAAGUUCAUGCUCCACAAGAAGCUGAAAUAGAGAGGAAAACAAAGGAGCUUGAAUUUGAGACCUUAAAACUGCAAGAGAUACGCAUGGAUAUUGCAAAUCAACAAGGAAAUAUAACUCUUGAUGCAGUAAUAUCGGCAUUGCACAACUACGCCAAAAAGAUCCUAGCUUAACUCCAGAAAUUAUUGCAAAAGCUAUCGUUUCAACGAUUACAAAUGAUCCAUAAAUUAUAUUAUUUAAGAUUAUGAACAGGUAUGUUAUUCCAUUUACAUGUUAUCUUAGAAUGCCUUUGGUUGCCGAGUUGGAUGUUAGACCAAAGAUCAUAAUUAGGUGGUUUAAAUUCGAUAAUUUUUAUGUGUUUGCAUAUGCUAAAAAAGGCGUUGGAAUUUGCAGGGUGUUAAAAAGCUAAUAUAUAUGCAUGCCAAUGGUUUACAUAUUUGUUCAGUAUUGUUCAAGUACUACUUUAUAUGGUAUAAUGGAUAAUCCAGAAACUUGAGCUUUGUGUUAUAAAAUAUGUGCUUACUGGCAUUAUUGUUUUUGAUGAUUAUACGAUUGAAAACUCAAUUUCUUUCCUCUUCUCGAAACUAGGCAUCAAAACUAAUGAUUCUGCUAAGCCAAAUUGUUUUAGUGUUUUGAUAAUGUAGUAUCUACGAUUAUACAAAUUUAUGAUCUUUUGAUGUUACUUAUACUCUUGUGAUGUUGCUACAGUACCUCCAUCUUGCCUUUUUAAGAUGAAAUAUUUUUUAUUUUCAUUUUUUGCUCACUACAAAAGUAAUUUCUAGUGUUUUGAUAAUAAUUUUCCAUAAAUAAUUCAUUGGAGA